ACAUUACUUUUAGCGGUAGAUUAAAGUUAAAAUUGAAAAGAUAAACCAAUGACCAGACCCAAAAGACAUAGCUGAUUUGCAGUAUAAUUUCAAGUCGACAUGGCAAACUUCUCCUUGGCUAGCUUCACGAGCGCUUCAAACACAACUAGUGGAGAAAGCAAUGCAGCAGAUGUUUCUCUGGAGAUUAGUGAUGUCAUUACUCUCAUCCUCAACGCCAUCACUUGUCCGUUCACGGUUCUGCUCAACGUGCUAGUGAUAAUGGCCGUGAAAAGAAGAUCACGGCUUCAAACCAACAGCAACAUCUUGCUGACCCGUUUAGCGAUAAUUGACGCAUCAACUGGUCUCCUUGGGCAGCCAACCUUUAUCCUGUGGCAGAUAUUCCUUUUACUUGGUGUCAGUAGCAGCGUAGUAAUUAAAAAUCUCCAUUUCGAUGUCAUGUCUACAUUGCUGGUAGCUUCAUGCUUUCAUCUGAUGAUGGUAACUUUCGAGCGGCUCAUAGCGAUGAAAUUUACUAUGUACUAUUUGAUAAUUGUAACUGAUAGUACUAUAAAUCUAGCAGUGUUGUUAGUUUGGAUCAUGUCUCUCGUAAUUGGGUUUUUCAGAAUGAUAAAAAAUUUACAGAUAUUUUUUUUUUUAAGCAGCAUUGUCAUUAGUUCAUGUAUCUUUUCUGUUACCUUCUCUUAUAUGAUCUUGUAUCACGAAACAAGUCGCCAUAAAAAGAAGAUGAAAGCACAACAACUCCGUCUAGAGGAAAUAGAGACAUUCACUAGAGAGAACAAGGCGCUGAAGACAACUGUGUUUGUAGUGGAAACGUUUGCCAUGAUAAAUUCGUUUGUUAAUCCACUAAUAUACUGCUGGAGACAAAAAGAAAUGAGAAAGUUUGUGUUUAGAAUAAGAACCCACGCCGUGCAUUCAGUAAGUGAGUAA